CACUUUUGCGCGCCACGACAACGGGACUAUCCAGACCUGGGACUCGUUGGGCUCGGCUCGUUGGACAACUUGGUUCUUGGUCGGCACGGAGAAAGCACCUUAUAUAAAGGGGGACGGGAUGGACUCUUCGUUGUUCAGUCGGGCGAGGAUCUUAAUCGCGGAAGUGUCGAUCGGUGGUUUGUUUUUGUCGUUUGCGUUGGCGUGAAGUGACGGGAUUAUUAUGCAGUGAUGGAGAAAAUGAAGCCAGUGAACCUGUUCUCAAUUAUUCUCACAAUAACGGUGUUAGUGAUUAAUUUGUCUGACCCAGUUUUCGGAUUAUCGACGGCCCAACGACGAAGUUCGGAUGUUUUGAUUGUGGAGGGAGAAGGUUCGUCAGAAACAGUUUUGGAGGAAACUGUCAAUCAGGAAUCUGAGCCAAAGGUGAUAAAAUAUGACGGAGCUCAACUGUGGCGCAUCGAAUACGAUGAUCAGCUGAAGAAGAAUGCGGUUGGGGAACUGCAAGAUAAAUUCGAGGCGGCCAUGUGGAACUACAACACCACCUCGGUGGACAUCUUCCUCAAACGAUCCAAACUGGUGGAAGCCCGGAACCUCCUCCAGGAUGCGAAAGUUCCCUUCGAUGUGGUGAUCGACGAUAUGCAGAAGGCAAUCGACCAGGAAAAUCCUCCCAAAGACCAACUCGAGCUGUGGGAGAACCGCGACGGGUACCGCAUGACAUGGACCGCCUAUCAUCGCCUGGCGGAUAUCUACGAGUUUAUGGAUUACCUCGCCGUAACGUACCCGGAUCUGUGCAGCGUUCGCACCAUUGGCAAAUCCGUCGAAGGUCGAGAUCUGAAGGUACUUCGCAUCUCCAACGGGAACCCAUCCAACAAAGCCAUUUGGAUCGACGGUGGAAUCCAUGCGCGCGAGUGGAUCAGUCCGGCUGUUGUAACGUACAUCGUACACUUCUUGCUCGAAGAAUGGGACGACCAGCCAGAGUAUGUACAUGGUGUCGAUUUUUACAUCUUGCCGGUCCACAAUCCAGAUGGAUACGAAUACUCCCACAUGUACGAUAGAUUGUGGCGUAAGAACAGAAGAAGGUCCAGCAUUAUUCAAUGCGUUGGCGUUGAUCUGAACCGAAACUAUGGACACAAGUGGGGUGGCCAAGGUGCCUCGAGACAGCCGUGUUCGGAAAUCUUUGCCGGAAAGGGCCCAUUCUCGGAGCCUGAAACGAAGGCCGUGGAAAAUUUUAUGAAAACUACAGCGGCACCCUUCAAAGCAUACGUUACAUUCCACAGCUAUGGACAAUACAUCCUUUAUCCAUGGGGAUACAACCAGGAGGUUCCCGAAGAUCAUAAAGAUUUGCAAGCGAUUGGGCAACAGGCGGCACAGACUAUACAACAAUCCUCGGGAUCCUCAUACACUGUUGGCCCAUCCGGAAAAACCCUCUAUCCCGCAUCGGGAGGUUCCGAUGAUUGGGCCCGCGGUACACACAACAUCAAGUAUGCCUACACGGUCGAGCUGAGAGACACUGGACGACAUGGUUUCGUGCUACCAGCUAAUCAAAUUCUACCAACGGCUUCCGAAGCAGUUGCCUUCGUCAGUGUCAUAGCCAAUGCCAUUUCAAACCUCAAUUGAUUCACACGAUUUAUAACUAUUCUAAAAAAUA